AUGGCCAGGGAGGACUUCUGCUCACCUCGAAAGCCCUCGGAAGCAGACUCCUCCAGCUCUUGGCCCGGAGACCCGCCCAGCCCCUUUCGUCUGCUGCCCAACUCCAGCGCUCUGUCCUGGGCCCUGCCUGGCUCGGCUCCCCCUUGGCCCCCACUCUCGGCUCUCAGGGUCCUGGCGUCCGCUCUGAACCAGUCCUGUGUGAAGACCUGCCAGCGGGCCGGCCUCGUCUGCGAACCGGCCUUCUACCACUACAUUAACAGAAAAGAGACGUUCCACUCGCUGGAGCUGGCGUGCGAGGGUGUGGAGACCCAGGUGAACCACAUUCUGCCUGCCUUCCUCCUGGAGCACAGAGAGUGUUGUCUGCAGAAGGAGCCUCUGCUGUUCAGCUGUGCAGGCUCUAGCCCACAGCACCGCCGCCUCUGCCCGUGCCGGGACUAUCGGGCCGGCCAGGUGGCACUGUGCAGAGACUGCUUAUGA